AUGCGGGUGUUGAGAAAAGUCGGAGUGGUUUUAGUCUGCCUGCUCUUCCUACUCAUUGGGGAAGUUUCGGCGGUUGCCCAGACCGAGGUUGGUCAUGUGCGUGUAACACAGGAGGCACCAGAUCUGAAGCUAGAGGAUGCUGGUAGACAUGAUGUGUCCCAAAGUGGAAGGGUGUCGGUGUAUGUUGUUGCAUGGUCGACGCUUGCGAUGGCUGCAGCAACAGGGUUGGGAGCACUUCCCUUCUUUUUCCUGGAGCUAGAGGCCCAAUGGGCAGGCCUUUGCAAUGGGUUGGCAGCUGGGGUGAUGUUGGCAGCAAGUUUUGAUCUUGUGCAGGAAGGGCAGAUGUACGGCAGUGGGAGUUGGGUUGUUUUGGGGAUUUUGAGUGGAGGGAUCUUUAUUUGGCUUUGCAAGAAGAUUCUUGAGCAACAUGGAGAAGUAAGUAUGUUGGAUAUAAAAGGUGCAGAUGCAAGUAAAGUUAUUCUUGUUGUUGGAAUAAUGACACUCCAUUCUUUUGGCGAGGGUUCUGGUGUUGGUGUUUCCUUUGUUGGGUCAAAAGGAUUAUCUCAAGGUCUUUUAGUUACUGUAGCUAUAGCAGUGCACAACAUACCUGAAGGCCUGGCUGUAAGCAUGGUACUAUCAUCUAGGGGUGUCUCCCCACAAAAAGCAAUGCUAUGGAGUAUCAUAACAUCUUUACCACAGCCAAUUGUUGCUGUGCCUGCAUUCCUUUGUGCCGAUGCAUUUCAGAAGGUGCUUCCUUUCUGUACUGGUUUUGCUGCAGGGUGCAUGAUAUGGAUUGUUAUUGCAGAGGUUCUUCCUGAUGCUUUUAAGGAAGCAACUCCAUCUCAAGUAGCCUCUGCUGGAACACUUGCUGUUGCUUUUAUGGAAACAUUAAGUACCGUGCUUCAGGGAUUCACGGAUGGCCACGGCUUGGAAGAUACAUCAGGCUUUUUGGUAUCACUUGUAUUUGGUCUUGGUCCACUUUUUGGAGGAAUUAUACUUGUCGCGUUCUCGCUUGCCUUCAACAUGCCACACCCUCUUCUUACUGGUGUAGCAUCUGGCAUUGCCUUCCGUCUUGCUUCAUGGAGGCCAUUGCAACUUGUGAUGUCCUUAAAGAUGGGUCUCUUCACCACCUUGUUCCUCCUGCUAGGAGGUUCCGUCUUCUACCAUCUCGUGGAAGCAAGCAUCCUUAUGGUUGCUAAACACAAUAAAUCAUCCGUCAAUGUCAUUACAUCUUCCAGCAGGCUCUCUCUUAGUGUCCUCACACAGCAAUCGCUCCUUGCUUGCGGUUGCGUCUUCCUUCACGCCUACGCCGAAGGGCUUGCACUUGGUGUGGCGGCACGCAAGGCAUCUGGUCUAGGCCGCUACAUGGUUCUUCCAGUCUCUCUUCACGGCCUACCACGGGGUGCUGCUGUUGCUAGUUGUGUAUAUGGUGCCACUGAUAGCUGGCGAGGAGCCUUGGCAGCUGCAGCUCUGACCGGGUUUGCGGGACCAAGCGCGGCCAUCGGUGCAAUCCUUGCGAAGAUUGGCUAUGAUGGACUGGACUAUUGGAUGGUGAUUGCAUGCGGGGCUUUGAUCCCAAGCUUUGGCCGUGUCUUCAGACGCUCGUUGCGGCUGGACGCGAGGAAGAGCGUCUGCGGGAUCCUGAUAGGUUUUGGUUUUGCUUGGGUGUGUUUGAUGUCCACCAGAUUCAUCUGCUUGCACACCCCUUACUGCAAUUCAGCUCCAGAAGCGGUCACAUGA